AUGGCCGACGCUGGAAUAACUGAAAAAGAUCUCCACGCUCGUAAUAUUGCUCCGAUUAUGCCGGGCACUCUUGAAACUCGUGCACCAGAAGAAGACGAUUCAGUUGUUGUGAGAACUGGAGUCCAAGUAUGUGUCAACAACAUUCUCCGAGAUUUGAAGAAUACGUCCUCUUACAUCGAACAGCUCAACAAGCACGUGCAAUCAAGUGAUAAAUGCAGGAACGAGUAUUCAGUGCUGAUUAACACGCACACAAUGGGAGAAGCUAUUGAGGAGCUCGUUUCGGAGCAGACUAUCUACGGAGCGCCCAUCUUCAACAAUCCCAAUGUUGUCAACUCAAUGACUGUGUCGUGGAAAGUCAAUGAUCUUCUUGGAAAGAAGGUCGAAGAAGCCUCAUCUCUUGCAAAGAGACAGAGUAUUGCAAAGAAGAUUGUUCCUUCUGAUUCUACUCUCUCCAUUACUGAAGCAACUAAUCUCGACAUAGGCGAAAUGUGUAAAAACAUUAUCAAGCGGAAUGCAAGUCUGAAAUCUGGAGAUUCAUUCACACAUUUCCAAGCGGAUAUCAGUUACCCGUCGUUUUUCAAUCGCUGA